AUGUUUUCAAAACUUAUUCUAUCAUCAUGUGUUCUCUCGUUCAUCUUAUUGGCAUAUGUGAAUGCUGAUCUUCGAAGCACUGUAUAUGAAUUGGUUGAAGCUCGAAGUGGCGUAAAAUCAAAUUGCACUUUAUGGACAUCAUACUUUGCAACUAAUGGUAUUGUUCGUUCACCUGUUGGAGCGACGCCCAUUAUUGGUUACGAUGCUAUUCUAAAACAUUGUAAUGCAUGGAAUCAAAAUCUUGGUCCUCAAGGAAAUGGAUGGUAUCCUUUGGAAUUAUGGUCAAGCGAUACUGAAGUUGCUUUUGAAGCUACAAUACGAGCAGUAAAUAAAGGAGGUUGUCAAGUUAAUUUGCGAGGUAUUAUUGUCAUCAAAUUUGAUACAAAUUUAAAGGUUACUGAAUGGAAUCAUUAUUAUGAUUCUGAUUUUGUUGCACCACAACUCCAGGGUAAAUGCCAACAUCAAUAG